AAGAUCGGGAUGCUGCAGGCAAGAGACAGUGGCGAUGGGAAUUUUUCGACUUUUUGGGCCAACGUUUCCUGGAUGGCUGGUCACGUUUUCGGGCGCGCGCGCGUCGCGUGUCUCGUUAAGCAUUGGAUGCGGGGCGGGCAAGUCCACUCAACCAACAACAUCCCACGGCGCCACGCUCGAGCAUCCCGUAUCAACUGCCCCUCCGCUAUGGGGAGCAGAGUCGAAGCGUACUUCCCGGUGCAGCGCAUUGCCCAGGCCUGCCUACAAUGUCGGCGGAAAAAAUGCCGGUGUAGCGGCGACCGGCCUGUUUGUGCCCAAUGUCAAAGGCUCAACACCGACUGCGUGUAUCCCGUCGAGGCCGCCCCUCGCCCGCAGGCUCCGAGACAGCAGGCUGCCAGUCCAGCGGGCGAACAGGAGGCCCACCGUCCCAGGGAAGCUGCUAGAUCAAAUAGACCAGAGACUGCAGAUGUCGCGGAUAAGCUCGCGACUCUCGAGGCCAAGAUCGAGAAUAUGGCGUCAAGUCUUCAACGGAUCGAAAGAUGCCUCAACACCUUGAUGGAUGGUGGCGGCCUCAGGACCGCGGAGUUUCCGACCCCCUCUAGACAGGUUGAAAGUAGCCCAAGGAUGGAAUUUCCAACUUCGGAGCGACCCAACAGCGGAUUUGAAGAGUCGCAUAAUAAUAAUGAUGAUGAUAGUGCGAACAGUGACUUUGGACUGCCCGAAGACGUCUUCAUGGCAGUCAUUGAUUCUUAUUUUACUUACUGCCAGAACCAGCCGUACUCGUUCUUUCACGAGCAGAACUUCCGGCAACGUCUAUCCAAACAGGCCAUCCCGAGGCAUCUCGUACUAGCUGUCAUGGCCACUGCUACUCGGUUCUGCUCUCACCCAUAUUUUGCCAAUCGUGCCCUGGAAAUGUCUAUCGAAUAUGCAAACAGUUCUUGGAAGUUGAUUGUGUUGAAUUGUUUCACCAAUGCGAGGGUGGCUGAGGUGUCGGCAGUCCAGACAGUGGCCUUGUUGGGCUUGUUCGACUUUACUGCUGGCGGAUUACGCCAUGGCUCAGCUUGGGUCAAAGUCGGCCUGGCUGUUCGGAUGGCACAGGAUUGCGGGCUGAUGCUGAACAACGCGAUGCAUCUCUCAAAUGCGGAACAGGAAGAACGGCGAAGGGUCUUUUGGUCAGUCUACCUCUUGGACAGACUGGUCUCCUGUGGCCGCGGUCGACCACCGGCUAUCGUUGAUGCAUCAUGCCAAGUACAACUGCCUUGCGACGAGUCGAUAUUCAGGGAGGGCUUAUGGGUCAAGACGCAAUCCUUGGACGAGAUCACCAACCGAACUCUCCCGGUGGCACAAAGGCAAUGUCCAUCAGCUCAAGUGAUCGCUAUUGCACAUGUCUUGGGGCGGUGCGCGCAAUAUGUGCUCCAGGAUUUCAAUAUCAGAGGCCCUCAUCCCCCGUGGGAUCCGGGCUCCGACUUUGCAAGCAUAGAGUCUGAUCUCCUGCAUUUCGAAUCAUACUUGGAGAUCCAGAGGCCAGUGAGCGAAAUGCUUGCACCGCACAUGUCGGCAGAUGGUGUAGUGGACAGCCAGUCGACAGGGCCGAUCAUAUUCUCCCGGGCACUCUUUCACCUCUGCUAUUGUCUCCUCAAUCACCCAUUCCUCUUGCGGCGACGCAUAAACACAUGCCACAACCUCGCACCCAUAAGCUUCAUCAACCGAUCAUCUGAUUUGGCCUGGCUCCAUGCGCAGCAGAUGUUGGCCCUCAUCCGGGAAGCACGCAAACUUGGCUGCUCAUUCCAUUCGUCAUCCAGCGGUUACGCGGUGACUGUCGCGGGGUCUGUUCUCGCUCUUCGGACUUAUGACCCUGAUUCCAUCGCCUCUGGUCAAGCACGAAUACUCCUCGAAGAGGCAUUGAUGAAUCUUGAUAUGAUUGGUCAGCACUGGGAAAAUGUUAGAACGAUGGUAGCUUCGACGCUUCGACGAUUAGUCCGUGACGACUUUUCAGGGAGUUACCUGAGUGGCCUGACGCAAAUCUUGGAUUUAACGCCCGUCGAGGAAGAGGCCUUGUGGACAGUCGUUGACUACAACACCAUGUCAAAUCAAAUGAGCGAAGAUAUGAUAAUGAGCGACCAGCUGGAGGAUGGCACGAUACCUAACCCAUGGGUCGACUUAUUCGGCCCAAUCGACUAUGCCAUACUGUCCAGCGUCAAUGCGACGAAUGCUGAAUGA